AUCUAGUGUAACAAGAUGGCGGAGAGUGCGGAACUGAAGCAAAUGGUGAUGAGCCUUCGAGUUUCUGAACUCCAAGUGUUAUUGGGGUAUGCUGGACGCAACAAGCACGGGCGGAAACAUGAACUUUUGACCAAAGCCUUACACCUAAUCAAGGCUGGCUGCAGCCCUGCCGUGCAGAUGAAGAUCAAGGAGCUCUAUAGACGACGCUUCCCUACCAAAAUGGUAUCACCAGUGGACCUAGCUUUGCCCAGUGUCCAUUCCACCUCCAGCUUGCCUGCAGGCCUCACUCAGCUAGGGUUUGAUGGCCACGGUGCCCCCUCGCCCCUGCUGCCUGUGUCUUUACUUGGGCCUAAGCAUGAGCUGGGUCUCCCUCACCUUCCCUCAGCUAUGCACCCUGUACACCCUGACGUCAAGCUCCAGAGAUUACCCUUCUAUGACAUGCUUGAUGAGCUCAUCAAGCCCACCAGCCUGGCCUCAGACAACAGCCAGCGGUUCCAGGAAACGUGUUAUGCCUUUGCAUUAACUCCACAGCAAGUGCAGCAGAUCAGCAGCUCCAUGGAUAUUUCUGGGACCAAAUGUGACUUUGCAGUCCAAGUCCAGUUACGAUUUUGUUUAUCAGAAACAAGCUGUCCCCAAGAGGAUCACUUCCCCCCCAAUUUGUGUGUGAAGGUGAAUAGCAAGCCCUGUAAUCUACCGGGAUAUCUUCCUCCAACCAAAAAUGGAGUUGAACCAAAAAGGCCUAGUCGCCCUAUCAACAUAACUUCUCUGGUUCGAUUGUCCACAACAGUCCCCAACACAAUUGUGGUGUCUUGGACCUCAGAGAUUGGCAGGAGUUUUUCCAUGGCUGUGUAUUUGGUAAGACAGCAGUCUUCUACAGUGUUGCUGCAAAGGCUACGGGGCAAAGGAAUCAGGAAUCCCGACCACUCCAGAGCUCUGAUAAAAGAGAAGUUAACAGCUGAUCCAGAGAGUGAGAUUGCCACAACCAGUCUAAGAGUCUCUCUCCUCUGUCCACUCGGAAAGAUGAGGCUGACAAUCCCUUGUCGAGCGCUGACGUGUUCACACCUUCAGUGCUUUGAUGCCACACUUUACAUCCAAAUGAAUGAGAAGAAGCCCACCUGGGUGUGUCCAGUAUGCGAUAAGAAGGCACCGUAUGAGCACCUUAUAAUUGACGGGUUGUUCAUGGAGAUACUGAACAGCUGUUCCGACUGUGAUGAGAUCCAGUUCAAAGAGGAUGGAAAUUGGUCUCCAAUGAGGUCUAAGAAGGAAGUGCAGGAGGUAUCUGCUUCAUGCAAUGGCUUAGAUUCUGGUUCAUGUCGGACUGAAGUGCCUGAGCAGAAACACGGCUCAUCCAAUGACAACAGCAGAAAAGUGGAUGUGAUUGACCUUACACUGGAAAGCUCCUCGGAUGAAGAAGUGGAUGAUGAGCCACCUCCGAAAAGGGCCUGUCCCUCACUGUCACCUGCAUCGCCACCUCUAAAUAAGGGAGUAUUGAACCUACACAGCCAGGCCUCACCUGUGACCAGAACUCCCAGCAUGCCUCCUAUGGAGACGAGCUACAUUCCCCCUCCACCACCUCUUAUCCAGGACUACCGCCACUAUUACCACACACCGAGUGACCUGCCUGACUUAAACUUCUUCUCCUUCCUCCAAGGCGACAAUCAGCAUUACAAUAUGGUGAUGGCUGCAGCAGCAGCUGCAUCUGCCUCGGCCUCUGAGGACCACGACCUGCUCCUUAACCGCUUCCUGCCCUACAGCUCCUCUCAGAUGUUCCUUGAGCAGCCCAGCACACCAGGGAACAGCACAUUGGCAGCCAUCAAUGGAGGCAGCAACAGUGGCAGCACCAGCAGCUUGGUGUCCUCCAGCAGCCUACGAGACCGAGACAAGGACAGGGAGCGGGACCGAGAAAGGGACAGCCACUCCAUCUCUGGGGUGUCAAGGUCCUCGGCGGAAGCUGCGGCAGCGGCAGCCAUAUAUGGCUCCAUAUCUGAUGUGAUCUCUCUUGACUAGACCCACACAGAACUAAAAAGAAGCGACUGGAGAACAAGAGUUCUUUGUAAAUAAAGAAGAGGAAAAGGAAAGUAUACAAUGCUAUGUACAGAGAUGAAAAUCUAUUUUCAAUUUUACUUAUCGUAUGUAUAUAAACUAAGGACGCUUCUUGUCCAAUGAGUUACUUCAGUUAAUAUUUUUCUGUGAAUACUGAAGAUUUUUUCACACUUCUUCAUGUGGUUCUUUGAUUAUAUUGUACCUUUUGUACUUGGUUUUUACGGUUUUGUUCCAAUAUUUCCAUGUCAAUGGCAUUAUUUCUAAAAAAUGUAAAGUCCAGAGAACCCUAAUAGGUGACACCUAUGAAUUAUAAUAUUUAGGAUGUAAAGAAAAUGGGCAUUUACAUAGAUGUGUAAGUGGUACAACAGGAGAAUGUGUAACACUCUAUUUUCUAAAUGGCACAAUUACUGUCAAAGAUGUUUUGACAGCUGAAGAUCUGGCCAUUUUUUACAUCACUGUAAUUUUUCUUUCUGACGUUCACUCUGUGGUCAUUAUUUUAUUAUUUCAAAGGAAUUAUUUAUGAUGUAAGUUAUGCUGGAUAUUUGCUGUUUAAAAAGCAUUCCCUAUGCCUCUAGGAAAUGUUGCCACUAGAAACGCAAACGCAGAUCCUUCUCUUGUCAUAGUUCUGCACCAUUAUUUUCUAGCUGAAUUCAUCCUUGCUCUUUUUCAGCCAAGUCAAAUAUCAAGAGUAUUUCAUACUUCAGGGUGUACUUAAUAUGCAUAUAAAUUGGACAUUAGUCAGUAUUAUAGGACCAGUAAUUAUCAGUAUGAAUGGGAGUGAAUGGUGUUGGUCAGGCAAGUAACCAUCUGUCACCAAAUUACUUAUUUGAACAUUUUUAUAAUUGCAAAAUUGGAAAUGUGCCCCCCCCCUUUCCUCCCCAGUUGUAAUUGGCCAAUUACCCCACUCUUCCUAGCCGCCCCCAGUCGCUGCUCCACCCCCUCAUCUGAUCCGGGGAGGGCUGCAGACUACCAUAUGCUUCCUCCGAUACAUGUGGAGUCGCCGGCCGCUUCUUUUCGCCUGACAGUGAGGAGUUUCACCAGGGGGACGUAGCACGUGGGAGGAUCACGCUAUUCCCCCCAGUUCCCCUCUCCCUCCUGAACAGGUGCCCCAACCGGCCAGAGGAGGCGCUAGUGCAGCGACCAGGACACAUACCCACAUCCGGCUUCCCACCUGCAGACACGGCCAAUUGUGUCUGUAGGGACGCCCGACCAAGCCGGAGGUAACACGGGGAUUUGAACCGGCGAUCCCCGUGUUGGUAGGCAACGGAAUAGACCGCCAUGCCACCCGGACGCCCGGAAAUGUGUUUUUUAGUUAUUUCACUGCUCAUAUUUAGUCUUAAAGUUCGGGAUUUAGGAGACUACAAUGGUUGACUACCUUGGGAGGCAUCACAUUUUUCACAUUUUGGUUUUUGACAUACUCUCCAAAUUCCAAGACAAGGCUAGUUUCUGGUCCACUUAAUUCUUUAUAUAAGACAUUGUGCUUGUUGUGAGUGCAGAUUGAUAAAUAACAUGCGACAUGAAUAUAAUGUCUUUGUGUCUAGUUUUUGCACUUGCUUUUUGCAUAAAGUAAUUUUGCCCAAUGGUUGGUUCACAGUUAUAGUCUACACUUAAGGCUGCCUUUUUGGUUUUGCAUGCCUGCAGUUCAGAUCUCUGCAGUUCACCUGAAAGCUCACUUGUUUGACUCUGCUAUGCUUUCCCUUUGCAAGGCCGCAAGAGAUGUGGCAUCAUUCUUUUAGUGGCUUUUCUUCGGUCUAAAAGAGAACCUAAAAGAAAAUUGUUACAGCUUUGUUCUUGAGUGUAUUGUGAUGCAUUUUGGCCCUAAAACAUUGAAAUCAUUCAAGUUCUUUUCACCCUUUUUUUCCCUUGAAUUGUGCAUACAGUUAGGAUUAUUUAUUAUCUUAUAUAUUUUUUUGCAUUUGUUUGAUUUGUGCAUAUACACUGCUGUCAUUGUAUGUGAUAUUUCUUUUGUAAUUAUAUAAUUAAUGCUAUUUAAAGAUAUUGUUGCUUGACAUGCAUUGUAACAUCUUUUUUCUGUCAGUUUUAUUCUCAAAUGAUGUCAAUAACACAAUAGAGGCUUUGAUCAUUUUAACUUGCUCCAAGGUCUACUGUGCUGUUUUAAUAUUUGUAUGAAUUAAACAGGUAUAAGAAAGCAU